GUGGUGCCGCCACUACCGCCAGCUGCGAGUGUCCUGCGGCUGGCAUAGCUCAAAUAGCGUUGAGUAGUCGAGCUUGUCGAGCUGAACUGCAGUGCUUGGCCAAAGACAAGAUGGCAGCGACCAAUUCGAGUUUACCUACCGGAUUACCAGAAAAGAAAGAGGACGAAUUCAACGAGUUUUACACGGAAGUAAAGGAGAUCGAGAAAAGGGAUUCGGUUCUCACGCCCAAGCAACAAAUAGACAGGCUUCUGAGACCUGGUUCGUCCUACUUCAACCUGAAUCCCUUCGAAGUUCUUCACAUCGAUCCCACAACGGACGUAGAUGAAAUAAAGAAGAAGUAUCGUCGUAUGUCAAUAUUAGUCCAUCCAGACAAGAAUCAAGAUGAUUCGGAAAGAGCCCAGCAAGCUUUUGAAAUUGUCAACAAAGCAUGGAAAACUUUGGAAUGUGAGGAAACUAGAGCAAAAUGCAUGGAUGUCAUUGAAGAGGCAAAAGCAAGAACAGAUCACAAUAUUGCAGAGAAAAAGAAAAAAAUUAAAAAAGAAGGAAAAUUAUCUAGCGAUGCCGUUUUAGAAGAAGAAACGGAAGAUGGAUAUCGGCAUGCGGUCUGGGUAAUGACGAUGAAAUUAUUCGCCGACAUGGAACGAAGACGACGAGAGUUGGCAUCGCGAGACGCAGAGCAGCGCAAACGAAAGCGGGAAGAAGAAAUAUCAGCCGAAGCACAAGCUGCGAUGGAGCGUGAAUGGCAAAAGAACUUUGAAGAAUCCAGGCAAUCGAGAGUCGACAGUUGGAAAGCUUUCACGUCCGGUUCUGGAGGUCCGUCAAAGAAAAAGAAAGAAAAGAAGAUAAAGUCAUUCAAACCUCCGAAAACGAAGGCGGAAUCUCGAUAAUGUUAUGCGGUUAUGAAAAUCGAAUCGAUUGUAACAGCUGUGGGGAAAAUUUGCUCAAUUUUUUAACUAAGAUUAUUACUUAUUCUUUGAAUUGCCCCUGUAAUGUACAAAUGCAAAUCGUUGACUAUAUAUUAAAUUAUAUUAUAAUAUUGAAAAUUUGUUGGAGUGCAAGGAAAACGAACAAUGAUUUUGUCAGUAAGUUUAUAAUGAAUUGAAUGAAUUUUGUUAGUUUAAGCUUCGAUUCACUCCAAGAAAUUUUGAAGUGUAAAUUAUUGUGUAUCCAAAAGUCUGAAGUGCUCCCAACAAACGCGAGAGCGUUCAGACGCUGAGGCUUCACGCGUGAGUCGUAAAUGAAAGCUCGUAUGUGUAAAUUUCGUUCCGGUAUUUCUCGCCUAAACGAAUUGUCGAUUUAUUUAACUUUUUUUUUUUACAGAGUUAUUGAUGAGUUAAGCCAUAGUGAAUAAAAUUAAAAUAGAUAUUGAUUUUAACAAAGCCGACCGACAAGCGACGAUGUACGUAUUGUUUUGUAAAAUGUGUCGCAAUUGCCGAAGUGCAAGAGAGUGAAAACGACAGCGAUAGGAAGGACCUAUGUAGUUUAGUCGUAUAGACGUGUCGCGUGCGUUUGUGAAUAUACAGUGAUGAUUUUUAGUAUAUAUUGCAUCGUCAGACAAUUAGCCGAUUUUACAGUGUAUCCGGGGAGAAUCUAAAUCGUCGCACACUACUAAUGUACCAUCCGCAUAUACAUAUACCUACACACUUCUUUGGUCUAACUUUUUUAUACGAAUCGUGACGAGUGUCAUUUUAAUAUUUAGUAAUAACUAUGACCUAUACAUGAUACGAGUAUCAGAAAUUAUACCUCUAGAAUAAGGUAGCUAAACUCAAAGGCAUUGGAGUGAAAGAAAAAAAUAAAUAAAAACGUUAAAACUAA